AUGUCCAAACGUUGGAACAGCGACUAUGUGGUCACGGCGGAGCAUCGCGAUUUACAGGCUAGCACCAUGGCUGUGGACGCGACCGGCAACUAUGUUUUAUUAGCCGGACGCAGAUAUUUUGCAGUGAAGCGUUUAGAUGAGGAUAUGAACACAUUGAAGAAGUUCCAACGACAAAGCAAAUAUGAGGUUGGCUCUGCGGAAUGGAAUCCAUGCGACCUGAACAGCCAUUUGUGUGCAAUAUCUAGCAAUUCGCGAGUGGAGAUAUUAAAUUUCACAGGAGCGGGAGGGUAUGAAUUGCAAACCACGCAGAGUCUUGCUAGGGCACACACACGUGUGAUUAGUGAUCUAAAUUGGCAUCCUAAAGAGCCAGACAUCAUAGCUUCUUGCAGUAUCGACACAUUCAUACAUAUCUGGGACAUACGGGAGCAGAGAAAGCCAUGCUUGUCGUUGUCUGCAGUUGCGGGAUCAUCUCAGGUACGUUGGAAUGCUCUAUCACCUCAUACCUUGGCUACUGCGCAUGACGGUGACGUUAAGAUAUGGGAUCAGCGGAAAGGAAAUAGCCCUGUGCAGUAUAUCACAGCUCAUUUAACAAAGAUACACGGUUUGGACUGGUGUCCCUUUCAGCACAAUCAAUUGGCAACGUCAAGCCAAGACUGCACCGUCAAGAUCUUCGACAUCGCCAAUCCGCGCAGGGCCGAGGGUAUCAUGACGACGAAUUCUCCUGUGUGGAGAGCAAGGUACACGCCCUUUGGAGAAGCUCUAGUGACGAUAGUGGUGCCGCAAUUACGACGAGGAGAAAACAGCCUGCUGCUGUGGAACAUGUCGAAUCUCAGCGCGCCGAUAUACACGUUUGCGGGGCACACGGACGUCGUGCUCGAAUUUCAAUGGCGACAUCCGAGAUUAGAAAACAACGAUUUUGAACUUAUCACAUGGUCCAAGGAUCAAUGUCUGAGGAUAUUUAAGAUCGAUCCUUUCCUGAAAAAGUUAUGCGGCAACGGUAUAGACGACGGCAUAUCAGUUUACUCGCAGUACUCUGAGGAGAACAAUUUAAGGACUCUGCAAUCCACUCAAGAACUGCAGCUUAACGGCUCGCAGAGCGCGCCCGAGAUCAACUACAUAACGACGAAAGUGGACGAGCCGGUGCCGCACUCGGAAACGAUCAAUCUGCCGGACAGCUCGAAAGAAGUCUCGUCGCCCACUCAGCCAAAGAGUUUGCAGCAGGAGUUCUCCUUGAUAAACAUGAACAUACCAAAUAUAGAGGUGAACGCGAUGGACGCGACGGAGAGGAGUUGCACGAUCACCGCGUGCACGAAGAAUUACAAUGUGAUAUUAAAGGUGAAUUUCCCGGUGAAUUAUCCGUACAGCGCGCAACCGACCUUCCAAUUCUGUCCUGGGACGUCCAUCGACAAUGCGACCAUGACGAAGUUGCUGAAGGUCCUCACGCAGACCGCGCAACAGCGCGUCCGGAAGAAUCGUUCGUGCUUGGAGCCGUGUCUCAGGCAGCUGAUUAUCACUCUGGAGCAGACAUGUAAGAACGACGAGGACGAGAACAGUCGGCUGGCGUAUCACAUACAGGACAACGCGAACUUCCUCGGCUCGACCAACAUAUGCGCGAAUUAUCAGGAUUCCUACAUACCGUUCCCCAGGACAUCCGGCGCCAAGUUCUGUUGCGUAGGUAUACUCGUUUGUUUCGGCCGGCCUUCGUACGCGAAGAGAUCGUCCAACAUCUUGAAAGCGGGAGGCACGACGCCCAGAGCGCUGUCCGCUCUGGGAAGUGGCAACGGCGAGCCUUUCAUGCACAUGUACCGGAACUCGUAUGUGCCGACCAACGACAACAUGUCCAUCAGCUCGUAUUACUUCCAAGAUCGCCAGAAAGGUAUGCGACGAGGGUUGCACGGUGCGAGCAGGAUGCACGACAGGUCCGAUUACAAAAAUUACCACCCGAUGGUCACGACAUACGACGCCUCGUCGUUGUUCUUCGUCAACAAGGAGCUCGCCGAGAAGUACAUAAUCAAUAUCACCGAUAUCCCGGCCAUGUGUCAGUACAACGCGAACGUGGCUGCCUCGUUGGAACGGUCCGAUUUGGUCCAGGCUUGGUGUCUGGCCGCCCUAGUCAUUUCGCAGCCGAUCUCGGAGAUCGAGGAGAAUCCGUGCCCGAUCCUUCCCAAUAUCGACGCCCCGUGGCCUCUGCACCCCUUCGGCCAGAACGUCAUUCAUUCAUUAAUACAGCAUUACGCCAAUCUAUCGGACAUUCAGAUGGCCGGCAUGUUGAGCUGCGCGUUCAGCUACAGAUCUGAGAACACGGACGCUGCCCAGACCCGGCUGAUCAGCAAAUCCGUGAACGUCAGUAGGCUUUCCACAGGAAAAUGGUGGUUAAAGCCUGGCGGCUCGCCUUAUCACACUAUACAUCUAGUGAACUCCACGCUGGAGGGAUGGAACUUCCAGAACCUAAAACAGCAUCGCUCCAACUCGUGGUCGGAGUCGUUGGACGACUUGAAAGUAAUUCAGGACACGUUCGGAGACUCGGCGAAGAACAUCAAGUUACUCGAUGAGAAGUACACCGCGCUGUACGACGGCUACAAGAAAGCGUACGCCGAGGUAUUGCACAGGUGGCGGUUGUUGGACGCCCGGGCGCAGGUGUUGAAACACCUGAGCGCGCCGCCCUUCGACACGCACAAGGGCGUCGAACUGCAGUGCCAGUGUCAGAUCUGCGACAAGAUCAGUCGUGGGCCGCAAUGCGCGAACUGCAAGCGGCUGAGCUUCCAAUGCGUCAUAUGUCACAUCGCGGUCAGAGGUUUGAGUAACUUCUGCAUGCUCUGUGGCCACGGUGGGCACACUCAGCACUUGGCCGCGUGGUUCAGCAACGAGACGAUAUGCCCCACUGGUUGCGGCUGUUACUGUCUGCAGGAGAGUUCGGUAUUGUUUAAGAUAUAAGUAAUGUAGAUGAAAUUGUUGUACAUAGUAGUCGUGAUGACCACAUGUGAAUCGCGUUGUUACUGUGAAAGAGGAAUAAAUUUAUGGCUCUUCUUUAAAUCUCCGAGUUGCCUCCAAGCAAGCUCGACGCGAACUGAUUAAUCUUCAAAAGUUGGGGUCAGAGGAGUUCGACGACGAUCGCAAGUAACUCAGGGUCGUCAAUGAGAAGUAUCUCGCGAAACUCUCUCUUCGGGGAGUUAUUUAUUUGUACCUUCCUCCCACAGAUUUCUCUGUUCUUUCACGGUUUUCGUAAGACGUAAAUUUAGGCUGAAGAGCUAAUAAGGAUACAGCUCAGCGAUGCGUUGUCACGCGAAGGAAAAAUGCAGUGCAGUAAAAACAAUUUAUUUCGUUAA